AUGAAAAUUGAAGAAGUUAAGAGUACAACAAAAAGUCAACGUAUAUCAGCUCAUACUCAUAUUAAAGGAUUAGGUUUAGAUGGAGAACAACGAGCUAUACGUAAUGCUAGUGGUCUUGUUGGCCAAGAACAAGCACGCGAAGCAGCUGGUAUUGUUGUUGAAUUAAUUCGUCGGAAAAAAAUGGCUGGCAGAGCUGUUCUAUUAGCUGGACCACCAGGAACUGGCAAAACUGCUCUUGCAUUGGCUAUUGCUCAUGAACUUGGUUCUCGUGUACCAUUUUGUCCUAUGGUUGGUAGUGAAGUAUAUUCAACUGAAAUUAAAAAAACAGAAGUCUUAAUGGAAAAUUUUCGUCGUGCUAUUGGAUUACGAAUAAAAGAAGUCAAAGAAGUCUAUGAAGGUGAACUUACAGAAAUGACACCAACAGAAACUGAAAAUAGUUAUGGUGGCUAUGGCAAAACUGUUAGUCAUGUUGUUAUUGGUUUACGUACAGUGAAAGGUGCUAAACAACUUAAACUUGAUCCAUCAAUUUAUGAAACAUUACAAAAAGAAAAAGUUGAAAUAGGUGAUGUAAUUUAUAUUGAAGCUAAUUCAGGAGCUGUUAAAAGACAAGGUCGAUGUGAUGCAUAUGCAACAGAAUAUGAUCUUGAAACAGAAGAAUAUGUACCAUUACCAAAAGGUGAUGUACAUAAAAAGAAAGAAGUUGUACAAGAUGUAACAUUACAUGAUUUGGAUGUUGCUAAUGCACGACCACAAGGUGGACAAGAUAUUUUAUCAAUAAUGGGUUCAUUAAUAAAACCAAAAAAAACUGAAAUAACUGAUAAACUUCGUCGAGAAAUAAAUAAAGUUGUUAAUAAAUAUAUUGAUCAAGGUAUAGCUGAACUUGUACCUGGUGUUUUAUUUAUUGAUGAAGUUCAUAUGUUGGAUAUUGAAUGUUUUACUUAUUUACAUCGAGCAUUAGAAAGUCCACUUUCACCUAUUGUUAUAUUUGCAACAAAUCGUGGACGUUGUCAAAUACGUGGUACAGAAAUUCUUUCACCACAUGGUAUGCCACUUGAUUUACUUGAUCGUAUUAUGAUUAUUCGUACACUUCCUUAUGGCAUGGAAGAUAUGAUUGAAAUUCUUCGAAUACGUGCAAAAGUUGAAAAUAUAGAUGUAAAUGAUGAAUCUUUACAAACACUUGCUGAAAUUGGAAAUAUAUCAACAUUAAGAUAUGCUGUACAAUUAAUGACACCAGCUAAUAUUCUUGCUCGUAUAAAUGGUAAAGAUCAAAUAGAAAAAGAAGAAAUUGAUGAAGUACGAGAUUUAUUUCUUGAUGCAAAAUCAUCAGCACAAUUACUCAAACAAGAAGAUGCUAAAUAUAUGAAAUAG